AUGCAGCCUGGCUCAGCUCUUCUGGCCACUCUACUGCUGCUGCCUCUGGUGCUCCCCAGAGAGCUGCAGCUGGUGAGAAGUAUGUCAAACCUAGUAGAUGAGAGUGGCACCUGCCAGUGUGUGGCCCACCUGCCCAACAACUCCAUCCUUCUGGAGCAGCCGGAGAAACUACAAAGUGCAGUCCAAGAGCUCUUUGACAAGUAUGAGCAGGAGCUAUCCAGGGCCUGUGAGUAUGUACAUGCCAUGGAAGAUAAAGGCAACCAGGCCCUGGAGAUGAGCAACAUGCGGGAGUUCAGGAAUCCCAGUGCCAUCGUUCCUUCCUAUGAAACCCCAGCCUUUAAUCUGCUGCACCUGGAGCUCAAGAGAAUGCAGGAGUUGGCAACUCAGCUUAUGGCCAAAAGUGGAGUUAAUGGGUCCACAGACCUCCUCCACCAACUCCAGGAGCAGGUGACCAAUGCCAGCCUCACCCUCAGGCUUCUGGUUGACACUGAGCAGAGCACCAGAGCUUUCCAACAGGAGGUAGAUGUCCUUGAGGCGACUGAGUGUGAGAAGGAAAAGAAGCAUGAACCGGCCUCCAGAUUCUCUGGUGCACACCUACCCCCUGGUUCUUGUGCUCAUGGAGGCCUCCAGAAGGUCAGCAGACCUCUUGUGUUGCAGCUCAAUUGGAGGGGCUUAUCCUACAAGGCAGGCAUCUGGGGCCGAGACUCAGCACCCAAUUCAACCUCUUCCCUUUACUGGGGGGCCCCUCUUCGUCCAGACGGCAGGUACUUUGACUACUAUCGGCUACACAAGUCCUUUGAUGACCUCAUGCUACUGAACAACUAUGAAGAGUGGAAGAUGGGCUAUGGUGAUGGGAGUGGCAAUACGAUGUACAAGAAUUUCAUGUACUUUAACUACUAUGGCAUUGGCGACAUGGCCAAGGUGGACCUUUCUUCCAACACCCUGGUGCUGUGGCACCCAUUGGCCGGUGCCACCUACAAUAACCGCUUCUCCUAUGCUGGUGUGCCUUGGAAGGACAUAGAUUUUGCAGGUGAUGAGAAGGGACUGUGGGUGCUCUGUGCCACCGAGCAGAGCAAGGGCAACCUGGUUGUGAGUUGUCUCAAUGCCAACACUCUAGAAGUGGAGAAAACCUGGCACACCAGCCAGUAUAAGCCAGGCCUGUCAGGGGUCUUCAUGGCCUGAAAGCUCUAUGCCUUACGCUCACUGAGUACUCACCAAGAGGAGAUCUUCUAUGCUUUUGAUACUACCACUGGGAAGGAGACCCACCUUAGCAUCCUGUUGGACAAGAUGUUGGAGACGCUGCAUGGGAUCAAUUACUGCCCCUCAGACCACAAACUCUAUGUGUACAAUGGUGGCUUUCUGGUGAAUUAUGACCUCACCUUCCCGACACUGGAGCACAGGCUCCCAAGAGCACCAGCCCCAAGACUCUCUGGGGCUCGUGCUCCACCCAAACCUGUUAAACUCAAUGAGAGUUCUGGAGUAUUAAUUUGA